CUCUACAGAGACCUCUACAGCACUGAGAUCCAGACAUGGCACCUACAAUCACUGCAGCAAUGACCAACUCUCAGGAGCCUCACACUCUGACCCACAAGCUCAGAAAGCCUCUGGUGGAGAAGGUACGCCGAGAGCGAAUCAACAGCAGCAUUGAGCAGCUCAAGUCUCUCCUGGGUGCAGAGUUCCUCAAACAGCAGCCAGACUCCAAGCUGGAGAAAGCAGACAUCCUGGAGAUGACAGUUUGUGUCCUGAGACGACUGCAGCAGCAGAAUCAAGCUGUGGACUCAGCAGCUGUCAACCAGGGCUACUCCAGGUGUGUCCAAGAGGUGACACACUUCCUGUCCAAAGAGCAGGUGAAGACACAGUCCCAGAAAAGACUGCUGAACCACGUCAACAAGAUGCAGUUUUCCUCUGAUAAGAACCUGAGAGAGGCUGACUUCUCUCUGCUGAGCUCCACAGUCCAGACCAGCGUCACCCAAGAGAAGAGUCCAGUCAACAGCGGCCCCUGGAGGCCGUGGUAGAACCCUACAUACUGGAGUUACCACCAGACAAACUGAGAUGACCAUAUUGGUCAAAAUGUAUUAACAUACAUAUUAUUCUGGAGUGUAAAAGGAUGCUUUGAAAAGUUUCAUUUUUCUUUACCUGUCGGAAAAUAGGCUGUAUUGUGUAACACAACUUUGUAUUCUAUGAAUACCAUAAAUUCCCUUUUAUUUUACAAAGGUGAUAAAAUAUUUUGUGAGAAUUAUCACACUGACCUUUAUGUCCUCUAUGUCUUUUGUAUCAACAUUGAUCCCAUGACAGGAUUUUGCAAAUCUCUGCUACUUUCUGGUAGUGCCCUUUUUUGAUGUGCUUGAUAUACUCUUUACUUUUUAAAAGAUUAUUGACUAAUGUUGGGUCUUGAGCUUUUCUGUUCUGCCAUGAUCAGUCUCUGUUUUGACAACAGUAAAAUCUGAAGGUUAUUUUCUCUCUUUGUAAGAGAGUUGAUCUGCUCUGUUUAGCUUGUACUAAACUAUUCCCUCUGUUUCUACUGAGGCUGUUAACUCUACUCUAUUUGAGUACAUUGUCUUAAAUUACAAGUG